AAAGCAAAAGCUAACAAGGUCAGGAGGAAGUCACAAAGCUCUUGGAGCAUUUCAGAGAGCACCUCUUGACAACAGGGCGCUCUCACGUUUCUACACACAACCCAUGUUUUAAACUAGGAGUACUCUGGACUUGGCAGGAGAUUAAUUCACUGAUGCAAGAACUGCAGGGCCCUCAACAACUGUCUCAAUCCUCACAUAGCCCUUGUCACUGCAGGAUCAGAUUGCCUCAUGAACUCUGAUCUGAUCGCCACGUAACUCCCUGAAGAAGGGCACAGCUGUUACUCCCACCACGCUGACUCAAAACCGAGUGUGGUUCAGGAGCAAAACUUGAACGAUGCUGAACAUCCUUAACCCAACUCCAGAGGUGCAGAAUUGAACACGCUUUCUAAAUCCAGGCUCAACGCUGGUUGUGUGAGAUGUUGCCAAACGCUGGCAUCUAUUACUUCCCGUGGGAGAUCAGCAGCUCAGUCCCAGAGGGGGAGGCACUGAGGACGUUUGGCAGGUUAUGCUGCUAUGACCUGGCCCGCUCCGAAGCCAUUCUCACUGCUCAGCACCGUGCAGCCCAGCACCGGGUGUGCGUCGACACCAGCUUUGUGGAGCCGUUCCAAGCCCAGCUGGGCUCUCUCUACAUGGUGCUGGGAGAGGCCGAACACAGGGAAGGAGAGGGUCCCGUGGUAAAGGCCCGAAUAUUGACCUGCGUGGAAGGGAUGAAUCUGUCUUUGCUGGAACAAGCCGUUCAGGAGCAGAGAAAAUACUUCCACGAAAGGCAGCAGCGGAUGGGAAACGGCGUGUCCUGACGGCAGCUCCGAAACCCACCGUGCGCUGCUCCUUGCAACAGCGAUCCCUUUGGCUGGGAAAGGGUCAGCGCACUAGCCUUUUUGCAAUACAUCUUUUUGAAGUAUAUUUGGGGGGGGGGAGCUUUUUGCCAUGGUAGCAAAAAGAAGUUGCUAAGCAGGGAAAUGCUUGAAGGCUGUGAAUCAGUACCUAGCUGUCUGUGGAGCUGCUCCAUUCAUGAUCACUGAAGAUAGCUCUGGGAAGGAGGGUUGUUGUGUGUUUAGAAGGGCGGUUAAGGACCAGUCCUUUUGUAAUGCAAGGCUUGGCAGCAGCCAGGAAAGAGAGAUGUCUGUAAAUCUGUAGUGAAACGGCUGCUUGCACCCACACGCACCUCCAGAGCAUAUCAGGUCAUGGGGCAAUCAACAGAUGGGAGGUAAAGGGCAUUUGAGUGAAGUUCUUUGUCCUGCAUGGCUGCAGGUCCACGGGGCAAACGUUCAGGGACCGUGACUCAGCUGCCACACAAGAGCUUUCCUGGUAGAGCGGUCACGUGUCUGGAUUGAUUUAAACCCUCUUGCCUGCUUGGGCAAAUGCAUUAGGGCCUGCUGAAACCCCAUGGAUGAUGUAAGAGAAUUUAACGCGGUGCCCUUCUUCUUCUAAGUACUUGGUGUGCAUGGAAGUGCUUGGCUUUUAACGAGUUGUAAGAAGAGGAGAUGAAGUUACAUCAGAGCCGCUCUGAUUUGAAAACAAGUUGCCCACCCAGCAGAAUUAAAUUAUCAAAAAAAAAAAAGAAAAAAAGAAUUGCUAAUGUGAGACAGGAAUAAAAUGUUAGUGAAAGAGAUAAAACUCACUUUUGCUACAGGAAUCCCUGGACCUGGAGUGAGUUGGGACUACACGUCACAGGGAAGUUCAGCUACCUGCUGUCUUCUCUGUUUACUCAGAUUUGCUGGUGAAAUGUUCAGAAAAUAGGGACUGAAGCCAUCCAGUGUGCAGAAGCAGAUCAAAAUGCAACAGGUAAUGGCAAAGUCCCAUGCAACCAGCAGGCUUGAUUCAAGAGUCUGAGAUUGCUCAGUAAUUAUAGCACGUACUAUAAUUUUAGUCAUAGUUUAGCCUUACAUUUUUUCUUCAUACAGUUAUCAAGCUCCAAAAGCCCUGUCUCACAGCAUGCUCGGUUCAGCCCCAGUCUAAAAGCGUCAUCUCAGGAGGCAGGAUUUUAACCUCCUUUUGCAAAAGGUCAUGCUGUGUUUAUCCAUAGACUGUUCUGUCCCAUCGCUUCUGCCUUCCUCCCCUCCCUUAAAUUUUAACCAAAUGGCCAGGUUUGAGCCCUUUUUCCAGAGCUGGGAAUAUCCAAGAUACCAAGUUCCUACAAGCAUCGUGAAAACAAAUGGCCAAGUAGAGGAGAGCAAAGUCAGAAGUUCCUCCAGAGGGAGAUGCAUCCGUGCAAACAGCCUUCACAAGGCACCAGAGAACCUGCCCGGAGUUCGCUGGGGACACACCGAUCCGUAGCCGGGCCUCCAGCUCUGCCAACCACACAACUGUGCUUUGGGGUGGUUUUUUUUUCCCAAACAACUCAGCAAAAUCAGGAUUUGCUGCAGCCGUCAAGACAGCUAGUUAACUAGUAACAGGCAGAGAUACCCCCUUGGAGUCCUGAAGCAUCUUUAUGUCAAUUAAAGAAGGUCUUGAGCUCAUCCUGCAAGCGAUUGCUGUCUGUGCUGCACACUGAGCAGCCAGCGAGCUGCCUCGUCUUGUUCUGCCCAUCCGUGGGGCCACGCAGCUCCCCAAACCCUGCAGAAGACAGACCCAGGUCCCUGUUGCGCUGCUGUUUGCAGAGCCACCAUGCACAAUGGUU